AUGCAGCAGGAAAACAGAAAACCUUCUCAAAUUUCUUCUUUUACUGUAGAAAAUAUACUAGAUCCGAAAAAAUUUACAGGAAGACAUCGAGAUGCACAAAAUACAGACUAUACGGACUGCAAAUGCAAAGGAACAUUUGUUUCUACACAGUCAGCCGCAACGAGCCCGCGCACUGCCAGUAAGAAAAGCAUUAAGACGCGGCGCAUGCGCACUGCCUUCACACUGGACCAGCUGCGUGUCCUGGAGCUGAGUUUCAAGAACAGUCACUAUCUGUCAGUGUUUGAGCGCCACGUCAUCGCCACAGCUCUUCGGCUUUCUGAGACCCAGGUCAAGAUCUGGUUUCAGAAUCGCCGCACCAAGUGGAAAAAAGAGCAAGAGGGUCGAGGAAUGGAAGAGCAAUAUCACUGCGGCCCGAUGCAGCCUUUGAUGGUGCCGCCAACACUGCAAUUCACUACCGUUUCGUGCCACAGACCGAGUCCGUUGCAUUUCUACCCAUCGCAGACUUUCCUGCCCACUCACGAUUAUCACUCACUCGCACUCUUCUGA